GGGAGUUGGGGCAGGAUGGAGAGCCUGGGGCUGCCAGCAGUGACCCUUGGGGAUGGCACCACGGCCUACCUGCAGCAGGCUGGCAGAGGUGAAAAGCUGAUUGAAGGGCAAGUCAUUGAACUUGAAGAUGGGACCACAGCUUAUAUCCAUCAGGUGACAGUUCAGAAAGAGGCUGUGGCUUUUGAAGAUGGGCAGCCAGUGGUACUGGAGGAUGGCAGCACAGCCUUCAUACACAGCACAGCUAAAGAGAGUUAUGAGCCUGGCACAUUCCAGGCUGUCCAGCUAGAGGAUGGUUCCACUGCCUACAUCCACCAUCCUGUCAUCGUGGCACCUGGCAGCACCAUCCUGGAAGUGCAGACAGAAACUGGGCUCAGAGAGUUGGCUGGGGAUGAGGAAGAUGAUGGCUUUGAUGUGGACACCAUUAAUGCAUUGCAGCAGUAUGGCAGGAAGGGGUCUGAUGAGGAAGAAGAGGGAGUGACAGACACCUGCCAUAUGAAGAGUAAGGACUCCAGCAACAUCCCUUCCCAGGAUUUGCAGGAGGAGGAGGUGCAAAACAACAGGAAGGGGCAGCAGGUUGGCAGCAGAGCUUUCCGCUGUGGGUACAAAGGUUGUGGCCGCCUCUACACCACUGCCCACCACCUCAAGGUACAUGAACGUGCUCACACAGGUGACAGGCCAUACACAUGUGACUUUCCAAGUUGUGGGAAAGCAUUUGCUACGGGGUAUGGGCUGAAGAGCCAUGUGAGAACACACAAAGGUGAGAAACCCUACAAGUGUCCAGAAGACAUGUGUAGCAAAGCCUUCAAAACCUCCGGGGAUCUGCAGAAACACUUCCGCACGCACACAGGUGAGCAUCCCUUCAAGUGCCCCUUCGUGGGCUGUGGCCGCUCCUUUACCACGUCAAACAUCCGCAAGGUUCACAUCCAGACGCACACGGGUGAGCGGCCCUACGUGUGUGCAGAGCCUGGCUGUGGCAGGGGCUUCACCAGUGCCACCAACUACAAGAACCACAUGAGAAUCCACACAGGAGAGAAGCCGUACCUGUGCACCGUGCCAGGCUGUGGGAAGCGCUUCACAGAGUACUCCAGCCUGUACAAGCACCACGUGGUGCACACACACUGCAAGCCCUACACAUGCAGCAGCUGUGGCAAGACCUACCGCCAGACCUCCACACUGGCCCUGCAUAAGCGCAGCAGCCACGGCGAGCUGGAGGCCACCGGGGAGAGCGAGCAGGCCCUCUACGUGCAGCAGCAGCUGGAGGCUGCUGCGGCUGUUUACAGAGGCUCUCCACUGAAGAGUCAGCAUAUUGCUUUCCUGUCAGAGAGGGAGGAAGAUGCUGUUCCUACACGAGUCUCGCUUAUCUCUCAGGAUGGGACAGAGCAGGUCAGUCUGUCUCAGGAAGAGCUGCAGGCCCUGGGCAGUGCCAUCAGCAUGGUGAUGCAGAGCAAGGCCCUCGCUGUGCCUGAGGGAGAGCUGGCCUGGUGACACUGGGGAGAGCUGGCCGGUGGUGACACUGGGACCAUGACUGUGGCCAACACCAGUGGCACUGAGGCACAGGAGGUGACCAUAGUUGCCUCUGGGGCAGUGGUGUCAGAGGAAUCAGACAUGGCCCUGCUCUGUCAUCAGCAGGUGGCAUUGCUGGCCACCUCCCAUGGCACCCACAUUGCUGUUCAGCUGGAAGAGCAGCAGAGCCUCCCCCAGCUGGAGGAAGCCCUGAGCAUGGCCACAGCAGUCAUCCACUACAAGCCAGUGGCAGCUGACACAGCCCUGCCUGAGAAGGGCAGCUGA